UCGCAAGUUGUUAUGAAAAGGAACAAAAGGCAGUAUUGUGUGUGUUAUGUGUGUAUGUGUUAAUGUAAGGUUACAUUGAAUAGAUAUAGAAAUGAUUAUUUUUAAAGUGCUGUUAAUUUUGGCACUCGGUCGAAAUGCUCUGAGCCAAAAAAAUGUGGGCGAUCAGUGUGUGGACCAAUACACUAACACGGUUGGGCGGUGCGCGUCGGCGCAACAAUGCGAAUCUGCCAGACAAGACUUUCAACUUAACGGCAUAAGGCCUACAUUCUGCUCGCAAUCGUUCGACAGCGCCGUAGUGUGCUGCAGAGAUGGCAACAACAUAUUCCAAACGGCGCCGCCGCAAGUGGUGCAGAAGAAUGGAGACAGUCCUGUUUGGGGCACAGCUGAUGCCAGCAGUAACGGGCAAACAGAUAAAAGACGAGUCAGUCAGAGAAAGUGUGAAGAAUACAGCAAGUCCGUGGUCCAGACCUUCAGUUUCCUGCCCCUAGUCCCGGACCCAGAGACGGUCUCCAUAUCCGCGCCAAAAUGCGACUACGGCAAAGUAGAGCUGAUUGUCGGCGGAGAGAACGCUCAGCUCGGGGAAUUCCCGCAUAUGGCAGCUAUAGGCUGGGUGAACUUCGAGGACUCGUACUCCUUCAACUGCGGCGGCAGUCUCAUUAGUCCCCGCUGGGUGCUCACUGCUGGCCACUGCACUAGGGACCCUCGGGCUAGAGACCCUAACCCGGCCAUAGUCAGGCUGGGGGAUCAGAAUAUUGACCCUAGCGUGCAAGAUGGAGCUACUCCUGUGGAGGUCCCCAUAAAACGAAUCGUGAAGCAACCCGAAUACAAGCCACCCCGGCGCUACAACGACAUCGCUCUGCUCGAACUGGCUACCGACGUGGAUUUCAGCAACACAAUACGCCCGGCGUGUCUCUGGCAGAGAAACGAUUUUGACAGCUAUACCAAGGCAGUGGCUACUGGCUGGGGGGUUAUAGAUGUCAAUACAAAGGAGACAUCAAAGGAGCUCCAAAAGGUGUCCAUUUCACUGCUGGACAACGCAUACUGUGACCAGCUGCUAGCCAGCUCGAGGAACAGAAACUGGCAAGGAUUCUCUCCCUCGCAAAUGUGUGCGGGAGAGCUGCGCGGAGGGAGGGAUACGUGUCAGGGCGACUCAGGAGCCCCACUGCAGGUGGCGUCCCGUGACAACCAGUGCAUAUUCCACGUGGUGGGCGUGACGUCAUUCGGCGCACAAUGCGCGCGCAGCGGCCGCCCUGCCAUCUACACGCGCGUCGCCAGCUAUCUGGACUGGAUCGAGAGCGUCGUCUGGCCUAAUCAGUAGCGAAAUAAACUUUUUUUUUUAAUUUAUUA